GCAAAGUGCACUCCUUCACCUUUCCACACAAAGGACGAUAAAAGAAACGGCAAAACGCAACGAGGUGACGGUGUGCACUGCGAUCCACCUUAGCACGCAGCAGCCAUGCUCCACACCACCACCCCCACCCUGGCGUCCGCCGCCAAGGGGUACAUGAACCGCGUCAUGGUGUACGCCCAUCGCCGUCGCAAGGCCCGCUACCUCGCCCCAAAGACCGCCCACGUCCGCUCCCCGCUGGCGAACAAGACGCCGGAGGAGUACGGCAACACCUGGGACCCCCGCUCAGGCGUGGAGUGGCACAAUCGGCUGCGGCACCGCGGGCACUUCAAGCACUGGCCCUGGGCCCGCUGGACCGACGACCCUAUUCGCUUCCACCAAGACGGCGUGUGUCGUCGCACCGUCUCCGCGGCGAACGCGGCGGCCAACGAGGGCAUGCCGGAGUGGAAUUACUACGCCGAGGUGGGGCAGGCCUACGCGACGCCGUCGCACUUCCCCAUGUCGUACACGGCACCCUUUAUCUAUCAGUACACCUCUCGUUGCUGGACGCGUGAAGAGCUGCAGAGUUACCUCGAGCGCAUCGAGCAGGAGGCGGGCCUUCGCAGCAUCGCCGACGUCGCCGCCAAGCGCGACGUGCUGUAUAACUGGUGGCACCACUCCGCCAUGGAGUCCAUCCCGCUGGGCGUGCUGCAACACCUGGAGCUGGUGGCGGCGGACAUCGUCGAGCAGAACGCGCAGCAGUCCUUCCGUGCGCUGCAGCACGAGUGCGGAGUUCUGCGUACGCGGGAGAUGGAGCGCUACUACGCCCUGCCGCAUCUGCGUGGUCCGGCGAUGCCGGUGGCACUCGCGCAACCGUCCGGCAAAUACCCGACCGGCAAGUUCACCCAGAUGAAUGGCGACGUCAAGAUUCACCCCUUGCAGAGGCCAGAUGGGCGGUACAAGCAUAACAUGUACCCUGCGUAG